AUGAAGAGAUGGUCGUUCAAGAGGCUGAGAAAGGAAUCAAUGAGGAAGAUGAAGCUUUUGAGGUCUGCAUUCCAGUUGAAGAAACUUUGUUGGCCACUUUCCUUCAUGGACUACGUCAUUUUUAAGAUUGUGUUUGCGUUUGAGACUGUUAUGUUGGUCUUCAUGCUCUCUUCUUUCUACCUCUGUUGCGGCUGCACCUUCUAA